CGCUUUCUUUACGAUUGUCGAAUCAUUUCUUCCAUCAUUUGCCGUUCAGUUGUCAUUUUUUGAUUGGGGUUUAGGUUUCGAUUAUUGAAUUUUCUUCUUUUGAUGGUAUCUGUUUAUUUCCCCGAUCAACGUGAUUUGCAGUUCGCCACUAGGUUUUUGGUUCAUUUUAUGAGGUCUCAGCCUUUUCUUCUUGCUGUAGAGAGCUUUUCUAGCUGCGUUGGCUGAUAUCUAUAAUGGAAGACGGCGAGCUUGAAUCCUCGAAUCCUGAAGUGUUUUCGAGUUCGAAUGCCGUUGAGUUUCUGAGUAGCUGCUCGAUGGAUAGCUUCUUCGAUGAGAUUCUUAAGGAUACUCAUGCUUGCACGCAUGCUCAUACUUGCAACCCUCCUGGUCCUGAUUAUUCACAUACGCACACAUGUUUUCAUGUUCAUACUAAAAUUGUUUCCUCCCCUACCGAAGAAAAGGUUUCCACUGAUGACACGGCGGAAUCUGUGGAUAAGAAGACUAAGAAACGCCCGCUAGGUAAUCGUGAAGCGGUUCGUAAAUACCGUGAGAAGAAGAAGGCAAGAGCUGCAUCAUUGGAAGAUGAAGUUGUGAGAUUGAGGACCUUGAAUCAGCAACUGUUGAAGAGAUUGCAGGGUCAGGCUGCAUUGGAGGCUGAGAUUUCGAGGCUCAAAUGUUUGCUUGUGGAUAUUAGAGGAAGAAUUGAAGGGGAGAUUGGAACAUUUCCUUAUCAGAAACCAGCCAAUUCAGAUCUUCCCAAUCAAAAUAUGUCUGGUAGUUACAUGAUAAAUCCCUGUAAUGUGCAGUGCAAUGAUCAGCCGUAUUGCCUUCAUCCAGGGGCCGAUGGAAAAAGUGGAGAGAGCGUUUUGUUGAACGGGCAAAGCUUCAGUGGCUGUGACUUUGAAAAUCUUCAGUGCUCGGUUAAUCAAAACACAGGAGGAACAAAGGAACUUCCUGAUUGUGGAUUAGGGGACACAGUUUCUAACAUCAAUUGCGCCGAAUUUAAUCAGAAGAAAGGAGGAGGGGUCCGUAAGAAGUCCAGAAAUGGGAAGAGCUGAUCGUGGAUGGUAUCUGCAUCCUUUCGUGUACAUCAUCAGCUACGUCGGGUCGGUUCCUGCUCCGUCCAGUGCAGCAUCAACAUCCUCUUUCAGAAUUAGGAAAUGGUGGGAUAUCCAGACCCGAGCCAUCUCGAAACAUCUCACGGAAACUUAGAUCUGCAUUCAAUGUGCAAGAGUACUUAAGUAGCAUGUCCAAUCUAAUCAGAAACGUGACAGGACUCUAUCGAAGCGGAGGACUAUUGUUCCUUAUCUUCCAAGUGAUCCAUGUCGACCAAGUCGGGUACGUAUGCCAUUCUGAGAACUUCUGUCUCACAUAUCUUGCUUAAAACCAGCCAUUUAAUGAAAUAUGGAACAUAUUUAAUCUUCCCACGAAUGAUUUUCGUUAAAA